CAUUUCGUCGCAGGGGCUGUUGCUGGUUUUGCUGGUGCGCUAGUGACCUCACCACUGGAUGUCAUCAAGACACGCCUUCAAUCAGAUUACUAUGCCAAUCGCAUACGUCCUACCAAUGUGGUUGUUCCACGCACUGUCGUUGGUAAAGGACUACACCACUUUGCCGAUACAUUUCGCAUGAUUGGAGAAAUCAGCCGGACAGAAGGCACAAAGGCGCUCUUCCGUGGACUCGGUCCAAACUUGCUCGGUAUUGUUCCUGCACGGAGCAUCAACUUCUUUAGCUACGGUACCGGCAAGCGUCUCUUGUCGGAUGCCUUUUACGACGGCAAGGAGAAUAGUAUGGUGCAUCUAUCAGCUGCUGCGAUAGCUGGUAUCAUCACAUCAACGGCAACUAAUCCAAUAUGGCUCGUCAAGACACGACUGCAGCUCGACAAGGCGCACGAUGUAACACAACGGCAGUACAGCAACAGUUUCGACUGUUUGAAGAAAGUACUCAAGCAAGAGGGUCUUCGAGGCUUGUAUAAAGGUCUCACAGCAUCAUACCUGGGUGUUUCAGAAUCCAUCAUUCAAUGGACCACCUAUGAAUACUUCAAAGGAAUGAUUGCACGACGCACAAUUCGAAGGAAGCAGCAAGGUCUACCAGAUAAUACCACCCUUGAGAAUGCCAUUGAAUGGGCAGGCAAGCUCGGUGCGGCAGCAGGAGCAAAACUCGUUGCUGCUGGAUUUGCUUACCCGCACGAAGUCAUCCGUACACGUCUUCGACAAUUACCACCUGAUGGCCGGCCGAAAUAUACCGGUCUUGUGCAGUGCUUCAAACUGGUCCUCAAGGAAGAAGGCGCGAGUGCGUUAUAUGGCGGCAUGACGGCCCAUCUCCUCAGAGUCGUACCCAGCGCCGCCAUCUUGUUUGGCACCUAUGAACUCGUUGUUGAGUUGCUC